UCAUGUAGACUUUUCGACCAAUGACGUUCUUAGGAGCGUCAAUCGUAAAUGUUUUUGAUUUAAAGUAUUGGUUGAAAUUAAAACUGAGCUUAUAUCGUAAGAAAAACACCGUGCUUAAAUGGGUGGCUGCCUACAACGACAGUUUUCAUGUGUUUUUAAGUGCAAUUCAAUAAUUUUCCUCGAAGUUGUGUUCAAAAUUGAUUAUUGCCGUUGCUUUCAUUUGGAUAUAUAAGAUAGUUAACAAAAUUUUUUAACACUACCAGUUCAAUUCGUAGAUAUUUUGACCGUCCUCAUUACAUUCGUGCUAAUGGAUGAUUCUGUGAUUUCCCCAGGGAAUAAAAUAGAUAACUCGGCAUCGGAGAGCGAUUCCAGUUCCCUCGAUGGCGGGGCGAUGUUACCUCCUACCACGGUUUCUCGUGAUCAGUUACAAAAAAGAAUUGAAUCUCUUCAACAGCAAAACAGGGUCUUAAAAGUCGAGCUGGACACAUAUAAGCUCAGAGUGAAGGCCCUGCAGGAGGAAAAUCGCGCACUGAGACAAGCUUCUGUAUCAAUACAAGCAAAGGCUGAACAAGAGGAAGAAUAUAUUUCCAACACACUAUUGAAAAAAAUUCAAGCCUUGAAGAAGGAAAAGGAAACAUUGGCACAUCACUAUGAAAGGGAAGAGGAGUGUCUCACAAAUGAUCUGUCCAGAAAAUUAAUUCAGUUACGUCAAGAAAAAUGUCGCCUCGAACAGACAUUGGAGCAAGAGCAGGAAUGCUUAGUGAACAAACUCAUGCGGAAGAUCGAGAAGCUUGAGGCCGAGACUCUUGCUAAACAAACUAAUCUGGAAAGACUCCGCAGGGAAAAGGUGGAAUUGGAAAACACGUUGGAGCAAGAGCAGGAAGCACUAGUGAACAGGCUGUGGAAACGCAUGGACAAACUAGAGGCUGAGAAACGUUCCCUGCAGAUUCGCCUCGACCAGCCAGUCUCUGAUCCUGCUAGUCCAAGAGACAUCAGCAACGGUGAUACUGCGUCGAAUCUUAGCAAUCAUAUUCAAACAUUACGCUCGGAGGUUGUCAAAUUAAGGAAUCAAUUAGCCGUGUCUCAAAAUGAAAACAAAGAGAAGAUGCAUCGCUUUGCCUUAGAGGAGAAACACAUUCGUGAGGAAAACGUUCGCCUACAACGAAAACUUCAGCAAGAGGUUGAGCGCCGCGAAGCGCUGUGCCGGCAUCUUUCUGAGAGCGAAUCUUCAUUGGAAAUGGAGGAGGAGCGGCAAUUUAACGAAGCGUUAAGUGCUCGGUCUCGCAGCGUGUCGUCCCCUGGCGGGUCGCGGCCGCUGUCGCCGUACGCCUCCCCGCUGCUGCCCGGCGCCGGACACAGGCCCGCGAUGCAUUUCAACUCGCAGCCGCGCCGGCCCAGCGAGCGCUUCGUGAAGCCGGCGCCGCCGUCGCUGGCCUUGCCGCGCCUCGAGCCCCCGCCGCCCGCGCCGCCCGCCGCCGCCGCGCCGCCCGCGCUCGCCGAGCCCGCCCUGCAGCCGGCCAGCCCCAUGGACACCUCGUCGAAAGACUAACCGAUCUAAUGUAGGCCGGUCCGUGGUUUGUAAUCGAUUUUCGACCUUAUUUUAUCCAGUGGAGACUUUAAAAUCACAAAGCGUUCUGAAACAUUAUAGUCUCAUGAUGCUAUUUUAAUGUAAUGUCGAGGCCGCUUAACUCUGUCCCGUCCGCCGGAGGACCCUUGUGACCUAGAAGAGUGACCCGAGAGACCGGACCCGUGGCGACGAGUAACAAGAAAAAUUAGAUUCACUCGGUUACAUUGUCAAUUUUCAUUUUGAUUGGUGUAAUCGGUCCCUGCCGGCCGCGGCCGUCUCCAUCUACCCACGCACAUCGUAAACAUUAUGUAAAACUUUAAUUCUUAAAAUUCGCUUGUCCCGUUCUAUCACGUUGCCAUAUAAGUGUCAGAAAGGAAUAGAACGUAUUCAUGAAAAUCAUGAACGUAGAACACACGCAACAUUAAGCUGAACUAUAAUUCACCAACUCAAGAAAUAAUAAUAACACCAUAACAAUUCAAUUCAACCUCGGCAUUAUACAUCUCCAGCAUAGCGCAACCUAACAUACGUUAAAAUAAGGUCGAAAAUCGAACAGUAAAACCAAUCAAUAUCGGUUUUCGUCAGCUAAUCGUACCGUACGUCCUUUAAGCACGUAAGUGUACAAGUUGUACAACACGAUCGCUGUCGAUUGUCGAAGAUAUCGAAACUGAUGAUUCGAUAGUCGAUCCGCGUUUCUACCGUUGUACUACAAAUUUCGAAAUCCACACGUAAUGGCACAAUUAAAGUUCCAUCGUUUAGAUUGUUUGUAAACCUUAUACAGUAGAACCUAACCUAGAUUAUCUAGGUUCUAGGCUCUAUACUAGUUCGGACAAUUGAAAUGUGGGUUUUUUUGGAACGAGAUCAAACAAAAACAACACCUUUUGUUACAUAAAAUCUAAAAAGUAACUACAGUAUACAGUUUAUUAAAUUUGAGGUCAGCGUUUGGAUAACUUGAGGGUUCGGAUAAUCGAGGUUCUACUGUAACAAAGACAAAUGGCCUACCAAUGAUUAGUGUUGCUAUUAGUAUUCUUACAGGUUGGUACUAGAUUUGAUACCAGUACUCUUUGUCAGCUGACCGAUUACUUUAGGCCAGGCAUGACUGAUAAACGAUAUAAAACAUGUUUGUCUUGCGUUUACAUACUCGCUAAAAUGUUACGAUGGAGCAGUUGGUAAUGUUGGUAUACCAUCUAACUCUUUGGUCAAUGCACAGUCACCUGCAAUAAUAUGUUACUCUUCAUAAGCCGCAAAAAUAUGUGACACGCUCUUAUGGCUCUACAAAUAAGACCGUGUCAGAACUGUCAGAUAUUUUUGUGGCCUUCGUUGUGUAACAUAUUAUUGCAGGUGACUGUACCUACGCAAGAGAUAUACAUAUAUAAUUGUUGUGUGUUUUCAUCAACGCGGCAAAAAAAAAUUAUGGUUUUACUCUAUAGUUUGUGUAAAGAUUUUGGUGUCUCAUUUUUCUAAGAGAGCAAUGGCAGUCAAGCGGGUGUAAAUUUCGAAAUUUGUAUAAAAACUGUAAACAUGCAUAUAGAUAUUGUAGUUAGGUGGACGACUCCGGCAGCUUGGUUCGUAAUGUUGCUUCCGCACAUAUUUAGCGUCCGUUCCAGUCAAACUGGAUUUAUUUGUAGUCCAGUCUUCGUGUGCAGUGGAUUAUGGCAAUAAUUCCUCCCUUCAAAAAAUAUAUAAAGUUGAGGAAUGUCCAACAAUCCAAUCCUUUAAUCUGUAUAAAGAAAUAUGGAAGAAUUAUUAUCAGAAUUGACUCGAUGAUUUUCGAUUGUUAAAGUUUCCUCGCACGGCUUGUAUAUUCGAGAUUGAAAUUAAUAUGUUCUGGUUUUUUUUAUGUUAUAAGAUAAUAUUUAAUCUUUAAAUAGUCGAUUAGAUUAGCUUAACGAGAUGUUAUAAAAUUAUGAACAGGGUAUUCGCUGGGAGGGGAGGUAUCGUCGGAUAGUUCAUAAUUUCGGCUCACUUACCACAAUCGUCUGCAUACAUAUUACUUUGUCCUUCUAGGUGACAAACACAGACAGCUUAGCAUGACUUGCGUUGUCGCGCGCGACAACAACGCGUGUCAUGCUAAGCGGCCUGGUAUAUUGAUAUUUAGAAUUAGAAAGGGCAAUUUUGAGUUUUGCGGGCGUGGAUCGCCGCGUUAUGUAUCUAAUAUAUUAAUGACUUCAAGUUCAUGGUUUCACGCAAAUAUAUCUGAAUUGUAGUUUUUUUUUUUCAAUUUGCUGUUUUCUUUUUAUAAUUCGGAAUAUCAAUAAGUAUGCAUAGAGGUGUGUGAAAAAAUCGUGUUAAAAUUUUCUUACAUUGUAAUAUCAGGUCAAAUGUAUGUUCAAACAAAGUGAAGAAUCUAAGCGAAUGCCAUCAUAGAAGUUGAGUAACUAAUAUAUAUUACGAAACUUAAAACGAAUACGUUGGAAAGUAAUAACUUCGAGGAAUGCAAGAAAAAACGGGCAACACGUGAUAUGUUGUUUUAAUCUUUGGAAAUCAACAUGUUUUAAUGAAAAUGCGCUUUAAACAUAUGCAAUAAGAUCAGUUGCUUCAAUAAAAAGUUUGUUUGAUUGUUUAUUUACAUAUUUAUCGAUCUGUAUGUACAGCUUGGUUAUAUAACACUAAUUUCGUGUUUAAAGAAUAUAUUGCCUAACUGAAUGAUAUAGACUGACAGAGCAGAGCCUGGAAUACCUAGGACACCAUUUGAGCAUUAAGCUUUUUGCUUUUUAAUUUACUUCAAAAAUGUUUAUUUACAUUUAUUUAUUCGAAAGUACCUAAACCUCGUAGAACGUUUAGUAGGAAGUAAUCUUGUGAUUAUUAUGAAGUAUGAAAGUCAGCUCGUGUAGGUAUUUUUAAGGUCUUCAACUCUUCAUCCGUACCUACUUAUCUCAUACUGUUACAGUCUAAGGGUGGUAUUCCACUUGUCCUAGAUCUUUGGCCAAUGUGUAUUUGCGUCUCAAACUUUGCUUAAAAAAAUUACUGGACUAAGCAGCAAUUCAAAAAGCUUGACCGGUCAUUAGGUACUGGCAGACCAAUAUAAAUCUCCGGUUAUACCUAAAGAUAAUAGUAAUAUAGCCUGGGAAACCAAUUUUGUCAGUAGAAAAAGGCGAUAAAUUUGAAAAAAAUAGGCGCGAAACGUUGAAUUCUCAUAGAAAUUUUGAAUUUCACGCCUAUUUCUUCUGUAUAGUAUCGCUGGGUCAUAAUAUACUGGUAUUUGCGAACAGACUCCGCGUGAGAUCAUUCAAAUUACAAGUUUUAUUAACUUUACCGACAUUCAUGCAACAUUGUAUGCAAACAAAUCUUUCAAAUCCAUUUUGUUUUACUAUUAGUGACCCGUUUGCCUUGGAACUUGUCAAGCGAAUGUUACGAUGGCAGUUAAAUACUGCUUGGAUAAUAAUACCUAGGUUAUGGUCGGGUCCUUAAACUUUAGUCUUCAACGAAGUGUAAUCUUCUAACAUAUCCCUUUUAUUUAUUUUUAUCGGUUUUCAAAAACGGGUUUGGUUUCUUAGUUGCCUUUAAAUUAAUUUGCCACUGAUCGUUUAGUCCUCAUUUUAUUUAUUUAUUUAAAAGUUGAAAUAACUCUAGGAUUGUGUGAAAAGCUGUUUAUAAUCUUGUUUAUUCAAGUACCUACAUAAAGUUUAUUCAAACUAAAUCAUAACAUCAGGCGGCGUAGCACGGUCGCGUUUUUAUCGCUUGUCACCAUGCCUGUCACGUUCUAACAUGCAUGUAAGUCCGAAAGGGACGCGCAUAGUGCUAGGCGAUAAAAAUGGAACCGUGCUCCGCCCGCAGUCAUGAAAAGCAUAAUUUCUUCGGUAAACUGUUACGCGAUAAUAUCGCUGAUUGCUGAAACCAGGGUUUGGCAAACCUUUGACAAAUAAUCUAAUUGUCGAAGUCAUUUUGAGUUUGAAGUUUAUCAUGCAGCGUAUUAAGAUCAAGCGAAGUUCAUAAGCCAUAUUCCAGCGGCGGCUUCUACACGAAUUAGUAAUCGCUGUUAAAAACAUUUUUUGAAAAGAUUAUCAAUUGUAUCGUAAUCGUGGGUAAAACGAAUUGGGAUAACUUCAGAAAUAUGUACUGAACUAGAAACACUUCAUACUUUGGCAACACUAGCCAAAGUGUCUUAGUAAGUGUUGCCAGAAUAUAGUUUUUUUCUUCUAGUUUAUUAGAUAUAUACGAUUUAUGAGAUUCUCCCGAUUCCAAUGGUAAAUAUCUUAUUUAUAUUUCUCGAAUGCAAUCGCUAUAAGUAUUUGAUUAUGAAUCAUUUUGGAAUACUUUUGAAAUUAUGAACAGAGAGUUCUUCUAUAUUGGCUGUGUACUAAAAUCACCUCAGGUAUUUUAGGGAAUUGUAAUUUAAGGUAUGUUCACAUUAGGCUUAUAAUUUGACGUUUAACAAAAGAGCAUUCACGCGUCGGAAUAAACGCAACUGUAGGUCUGAUGUGAACGUGCCCUUAGACUUAGAGGUUGAUCAUUGUAAAGUCAAUUUGGAUCUUAGCACGCAGGGAUAAGGUUCUUUUUUCUUACAAUGUUCGUUGUACCUUGGCUUGUACCUAUUGUAAUCCAUAUAUUACAUCCGAGUUGAGCGCAUUGCCUCCACAUGGUUAUAGUUUGUUAUGUUGUGUCGUGAUUAAUAAGAAGUUCGAUAGACAUGUGAGUAGUGGGUGAACCUCGGCUAUUCAAUUAUUUGCAUAUUUUCAUUUAAAUAUAGUUUAUUUUUUUUUCAAUGUUAUGAUUAAAGAAACAAAAAUAAAUUCACUAAACUAA